CCCUGCGUCACUCUCCGAAGAAUCAAACGUCAAAUCGUCCAUUUUCUCACCCAAAUUCUUGUUCUUCUCUUCUGGGCUGCUUCGUUUUCCUUGGAAAGGAGACACCUUUACUAGUAAUUCAGUGACCCUUCGCUUCCCCUACAUCUUUCCAGCUUCUCCGUGACUCCAUCCAUGGCCACGACCGCCGCCGCUGCCGCCGCCGCCGAGAUGCUGCCUCUGAAGGACCGGGUGGCCAUCGUCACCGGCUCCUCCCGCGGGAUCGGGCGCGCCAUCGCCCUCCACCUCGCCUCCCUCGGCGCCAAGCUCGUCGUCAACUACACCUCCCCGGGCUCCUCCGCCCAGGCCGACGCCGUCGCCGCGGAGAUCAACUCCUCGUCCCCGGGCUCCGCCGUCUCGGUCCGCGCCGACGUGUCGGACCCGGCCCAGGUGAAGUCCCUCUUCGACGCCGCGGAGGAGGCCUUCGGGUCGCCGGUCCACGUCCUGGUGAACUCCGCCGCCGUCCUCGACUCCAAGUACCCCACCAUCGCCAACACCUCCGUCGACGACUUCGACAAGACCUUCAGUAUCAAUGCUAGAGGCGCAUUCUUGUGCUGCAGAGAGUCCGCGAACCGGCUAAAGCGGGGCGGCGGAGGCAGGAUCGUAAUGCUGUCCUCGUCCCUGGUGGCUGCGCUGAAGCCGAAUUACGGGGCGUACACCGCCUCGAAGGCGGCGGUGGAGACCAUGGUCAAGAUCCUGGCCAAGGAGCUCAAGGGCACCGGCAUCACCGCCAACUGCGUCGCGCCGGGCCCUAUCGCGACCGAGAUGUUCUUCGUCGGGAAGACCGAGGAGAUGAUCAACAAGGUGAUCCAGGAGUGCCCGCAUAGCCGGCUCGGCGAGACCAAGGAUGUCGCCCCUCUUGUCGGGUUCUUGGUCACUGAUGCUGCCGAAUGGAUCAAUGGACAGGUGGUUAGAGUUAAUGGUGGAUAUGUGUAGGUUGAUGGAUUCAAGCCCAGAAUUAUGUCAUUCUUGUCUAGAAAGAUUGCCUGGAAUGUGUGACCUUUGCUUUGGAAUUCUCUGUUUCUUUCUCUUUGUCCGAUUGAGAUGUUGAUCCUUCGGUUCUUCAA